CCGCCCCCGCGCUCUGGCCCCGCCCCCGGGCGGGCAGGGGGCGCCGGGUCUGGACGGGACCGGGCGCGGGACCGGACGCACCAUGGGCGGGUGGCGGGACAUGUCCGCCGAGGCGCUGGAGGACCAGUACUCCCCCAGCCGCUGGUCCCCCCGCCUCGACCGGGACACCAUCAUCGACGCCCACCUCGCGGUGACGGCGGCAGGAACCGAGCGGGCCCGGGCCAGCGCCCAGACCUCGCUGCACGUCCCCUAUGGCAAAGGCGACGGGGAGAAGCUGGACAUCUAUUUCCCCACGGACCAUUCUGGGACCUUCCCGGUCCUGGUCUACAUCCAUGGCGGAUACUGGCAGUGCCUGAGUAAGGACGAGUCGGGGUUUGCAGCCCCCCCGCUGGUGUCGCAGGGGGUGGCGGUGGUGGCAGUGGGGUACGACACAGCCCCCAGAGGCCACAUGGACACUAUGGUUCUGCAGGUGCGCCGCAGCCUUGCCUUCCUGGUGGAGCAGUACCCUGAGAUCAGAGGCAUUUACCUGUGUGGGCACUCGGCAGGGGCCCACCUGGCAGCCAUGGUGCUGUUCACAGACUGGACGGAAUUCCACGUGGUGCCAGAUAUCAAAGUGACUCUGCCUUUAGGAGCAGUGCUGGUGAGCGGCGUGUACGAUCUGGAGCCCAUCCUGCACACCUAUGUGAACGAUGCUCUGAACAUGAGCCGGGAGGUGGCCCAGAGGAAUAGUCCCAUGCGACACGUUGCCCCGGCGGUGCCAGCGGCCUGUGAGGUGCUUGUGGUGGUGGCCCAGCACGACUCCCCGGAGUUUCGCAGGCAGUCGCAGGAGUACAGCCAGGCCCUGCGUGCAGCCGGCUGGUCCGUCUCCCUGCUGGAUCUGGCCGGUGUGGAUCACUUUGAUGUCAUUGAGAAGCUGUCGGAGAACAGCUACAUCCUCACUCAGGUCAUUCUGAACAUGAUUUCAAGAGCAUGAUGGCAUGUUGAGAGCAAACAGACAGGGACCAUGGCCCUGCAUGAUGGCACCAGGCAGCCAGUGUUCCCCUUGCCCAUUGCCUCCUUGCUCCAGCACAGGGUGGCCACUGCCUCAGACCCCCCUGGCCCCUUCUGCUCUGCCCAGCCUAGGCUGGUGCCCCUUUCCUGGGGUCUUCCUGCCUUCCUGCCUGCCGGAGCAUGAGGGGCUGAGGGCUGCAAGGCUCUGUCCAGACAACUGGUUGAUGAAGAUCAUUCCCUCAGUGUCCUUUAAACUGCAUAUUGUCGAUGCAAAAUAAAACAAGAAUUACUGUU